AUGUUAUACAUUUUCAGCCUUUUUUUGACUUGGUUUUUGUUUGGAUCCUUGCUUGUUGAAGCCAGGAGAAAUUUUUGCCCAGCAGAGGCGCUGUAUUCAAAUCCAUUCCAAAGCAGUACACUUAGCCCUUUGUCUAGGCAAGCGUCGGGGCCGAUUAGUUCGUUUUCAUCGUCCCCAUUUUUCCCAAGUCAUUCGCUAUCCGUUGAAGUGAAUUUACUUUCAAAGUUUGAAAAGGCUUUUGAAGAUCACUUUUCGUCGGUAAAACCAUCGGGAAGAUUUACCUUCAACCCAUCAGUACGAAGAUCAUCGGAACAGGGCCAAAGGGGGGAUGAUAGUCCCACAGAUCUUUCAAAUGGACUGUUUUCAUCUCCGUUCCCUUUGUCUUCAUCCAACUUUCCUGGAAAAGAUACCAGUACCUUUACGCGCCCCUCUCAAAGAGAAUUUGAGCACUCCACUUCAAGUCCAAUCAACUUUCCUGAAACAUGCAGGUCUGAUCCCUCAAAUUUAUAUGGUACAGAAGCUCCUUUAUCCAAUGAGUUAGGCACAAGUGUUCCUUCGCUUCCCUUUGCCCCUUCAGAUUCAUAUGCGUUUUCGAAUACCGAGUAUAAUGCAAACCUCAAGGGCUUUGAUCAUUCAUCUUCAAGUCGUAAAAACUCGGAUUUUCCAUUUACAACCGAGAUCUCAUCCGGUGAUAUGACCAGCCAAGGAUCGUCAUCAUCUUCAAAUGGAUUCGAUACUCCUUCUACCAGCAUAUUUUCUAGCAACUCGAAAUUUGAUCCGAGCUCAACUUCAAAGUCAUCCUCUUCAGGAAGUAGUCGAUCUGACUCGAGCGAUUCUUUCAGCACAAAGGACUCGUCAAGCUCAAUUACCACCAGUAGCUCAAGCUCUGGCCCGUCUUCGACCAGUGGUUUUGAUUCAAAGUCUUGUUCUUCCAGUUUAUCCUCCAGCUCGUCGGACCCGUCUUCUAGCUCAUCCUCCAGCUCUUCGGGCUCAUCCUCGAGCUCGUCGGACCCGUCUUCUAGCUCGUCGGGUUCAUCCUCCAGCUCUUCGGACCCGUCUUCUAGCUCAUCUGGUUCAUCCUCCAGCUCUUCGAGCUCAUCCUCGAGCUCAUCUGGUUCAUCCUCCAGCUCUUCGAGCCCAUCCUCGAGCUCAUCUGGUUCGUCCUCUAGCUCUUCAGAUCCUUCCUCUAGUUCUUCGCUAAAUGCCUGCUCAACCAGCAUAACCAAGAUUAGAGGGAAUGUAAAAUACGAAGAGGAUCACGAUGUUGAUGAAUUUAGCGACGAAUUUGGCUCGCUUGACAGAGCGGGUUCAUUGCCUCAUAAAUGCCAAACAAUAAUCGCAUACGACACUUCUUCCAUUGUCCUAAAAACGAAAUCAAACUUGGCUACCGUUUGUCCUGUGUAUGCGCUUUCCGCAUCAAAGGUUUCCCUUUUUGGCUUUGAAUCCUCCUUUGCAAAGCUGUUUGGUUGCGCUGAAGGUUGGGCUUAUGGAAGAUCAACUUUGAUUGCUUUUGAUUGGGCAGAAGCGGACCUCUAUGAUGAUACACGCACUAUUGUCCUAGAUAAUGCACAGGUCCGUCUAUAUGGCCGUUCAAAGGGCAUUUUGCAUGACCAGGCAUCUGCAGAGCUUUUUGAUGCAUCUAGAGCCUUCCUAUUUGAAAGAUCCGUGGCAUCAAUUUUCAUUGAACCGUUAAUGAAAAUCAAUGUUGCCGCAUUUAAUGACUCCAUGAUCGAUAUCCGUGGCUGCCGCGGGCUUGACAAUUUUUACACAAAAGGCCAACGCCACUCGUCUCUUUCUUCGUCGCUGUCUUCUCAUCAGUUUAGUCAUGGCUUGCUUUCACGAAGGAGGCUCACUCACUACCCUGUCAACGUAUAUUUAUAUGACAAGGCUACUCUAAGGCUUCCCAUUCGUUGCCAACAAUAUGUUACGGUUGUGAGAAGAGGCCCCAAUUCGUUUAUCAGCAUAGAUUCCACCCUUGACUCAACGUUGGAAGACUCUGAAACCCCAACAGGCGCAUUGAUUGGUGAAAAAGGAGAUACCCUUGAAGGAAGUCUGGAAAUAGCAGAAAAAGCGGACAUUGGCAACCUUGGUUUUAUUUUUCCGACUUCACAAGACGCAUCUGUGCAGAACAUUCGUAGAGAUGAUGGCGCCAAUGAAAUUAUAAAUCUCAAUGCAUUUCCUCCGGGUUCUCUCAAUAAGACCGCUUCGGCUGCGUAUGCGAAUACGCUUUCUUGGAUUGGCACUGUGAUUUUGCUUCCCAUUUUUGUUCUUGGAGCUGCCAUCGUUUUAUAA